AUGAAGGACUGCUCGAGCACGCGUAAAGACAGCGCUGUUUGGGGAGCCCUCAACGGCGGCGCCACUGGCAGUACGAAGAGCAACAUUAUUACGACCCCCAUUGUUGGAGAUAAGAACGACCUGACCAGUGGAACGCGCAGCGAGCACGGGGAGUGCAUCAGCAGGGAAGAAGCACAAAGGGAGGAAGCCCAGUUAGGCGGUGCCAACAGGGGAAGUGAAAAGUGUGCAGAGGGGAUGAGGGAUAAAGGUGUACCCCUGCAGAACGACCAACAUGCAGAUGGGCUGAGCGAUAAAGGUGUACCUCCGCGGAGCGACCAACAUGCAGACGCGGAAAACGUACACAGGACCCACAUUGACACGCUGCGGAAGCUGAAGUCAAACCCAGAAAUAAAUCUAAAGAGAGGGGAAGAAAUAGUUAAGAGCGCGUGUGUGUUCGUCUCGGACGAUCUGACAUUAAAGAGGAAAAUUGAAUCCCCGACGGAGGAGUUUAUAAAGCGACUCUCCAUGAAUGCCUUCCAUUUGUACUUCCCCCCGUAUGCCUCGUGUUAUAACCAAAUUUCAAUGGCCCUGCUUUAUCUCAGUGGAGACGUAGGGGACAUUCUCAUUGGGCUCAAAUACUUAAUAGAGAACCUUGACGAAGUAAACUUCCUAGUGUUGAGCUUUAUUGCGAAACUGAAAAAGAAAAAAAAAGUGAAGAACAACCAGGUGGUCCUGCACCUCAUCGAGUUUCUCCAAAACAGACUCUGCGAAGAGAACUUAAAUUAUAAAUACAGCCGGGAACACAUGUUGGACUUUUACGAUAAUCUCAUGCAUAGCAAGAGGACUUUCUUCGAGUCAGGCCUUGUGAAGGACGCGGUGGACGUGAAGGACCUCAGGCUAAUCUACUUCUACACGCACGGCGUUCGGAUGAAGAGAGAGAGCAGCUUUCUGAAGGAGGUACUCCAGCCGAGCAGUGACUCCCCCGCCGACGCGGAGAAUCCUUCCCGCGAAGGGAAAGUGGACACCCAAGUGAAUAGAGAAGCGAACAUCCAAGUGCGUGGCCAACUGAAUAGACGAAACUUUGUCAUUACAGACAGUGGACACGAAUUACAUUUCAAAUGUAAAAAAAAAAAAAGGAAAAAAAAACUGGUGGGAGAGAUCCCCGUCCCGAAUGUACACCUAGGGUUACACUCAUGCUUUAGAGAAAAAUCCAUCUACGAUGUUGGAAGUUGUGAUUUGUUUUUAAAAAAAAAAACAAUGUGUAAGUAUAUUUCCAAGUGUGUUGGGCGGUACAUGAAGGGUCGGAACAUGUGCAGAAACGGAGACACCCAUAUUUGCAGCUGCCUCUCCAGCAUCAUUGUAAGCGUGUUCAGUGACGCCAAACUUCGCGAAAAGGUUAACAUCGCCAAGAAGGAAGUCAAGAGUGUUAAAAACGUUUUGGUUAAAAUUAGGAGGAUAGAGAAUUUGGUGGAGAGGAUGAUAAAGUACGACCCUGAAAAUGUGAUCUCUACGACGGAGGAGAUCCUCCCCCAGCGAGGAAGUCAAGAGGCACAUAAACGUAACGCAGAUGGGCAGAGGGAUAGAAGUCAAGUGAAAAGGAAACGCUCUGAAGUGGAAGCAGAACUUCCCGAGGAGGAACCUCCCCAACGGACGAGCGGCGAAGUGGCCAUUUCAAAUUGUUGCGACACUCGUGAAAGGACAUUCUCUGAAAUAUUUUCCUCAGAAAAUCGGAAAAAAAAAAAAAGAAAAAAAGACAAGGGCAAGGAGAAUGAUGCGGACAGGGGGGGUGACCAAGAACAUUGGGAUGCAGAAAGGGAAGAAAGGGAAGGAAGCGACGAAAGCGAAGAAAGUGAUGAAAGCAUAAAAACGCACUACUACGAAAACUACGAUUUUAAUUUUGUCUUCCUGGGAAGUGUAAAAAAGGGAUCCGAUAGGCACAGGUCUUUGUUGUUUAAGCUCCUCUGCGACUCGGUGGAUAUCCCCUGCCGAUUUGUGCGUUACGUGAAGAACCACAGGGUCAAGUAUUUCAACCUCGUCUUAGUUUCAUCCCUUCCAGGUUCCGCCGCGACAAAGCAAAACAUCCCCGAGUGCAUUAUUCCCAUCUUCUGGGAGGAUAAGACAAAAACAAAGACCAGCUCAAGUGCGCAGUCGAAGAUAACCGUUUCGAACUUUACCAAUAAUGUGAAAAUGACUCUUGGAUACAUUGACCGUUUUUUUUUGAAAAUAUGGGAGGGAAACAACGAAGUUGUAAACCUAGACGAGUACUUCAUCUUUGAGAAGAAGUUGGGAGUUGGUGGAUUUGGCGAAGUAUGGGACGUGUCGCUCAAGGAGGAUAGAGAAGUUCAGAGCUCAUUUUUUUUUCCGUGCAUAAAAGACACAACGCACUUCGCUCUGAAGAUUAUGGACAUGAACGAAUUCAACCUGAAUGAAUCUGUGAUUCUGCGGGAGAAGGCACACACCAACGUCGUGAAGCUUUACUGCACCUUCAAAGGCUACCAACUACUGCUGAACAGGCAGCACCAGGAGGAGAAGAAGGAGUGCCUCUGCUUUCUGCUGCAGCUAGCCGACACGUCAUUGGAAAAGGUCUUCUGCGACAAGGGAGCAGCAUACAAUCUGAAUUUCGUGCGACUGACCCUGUUGGAGAUAGCCAACGUAAUGUCCUUCAUUCACAAGCCAAAUGCCAGACAAGAAUUUUACAUAUAUCGGGACUUGAAGCCGGACAACGUGUUGAUAAAGGAGAAGAAGAUCCUCCUGACCGAUUUCAAUCUGUCUAGGAAGGUCGACGAAGAUUUCGAGUACCUUAUGAGUCAGUGUUGUGGCACAAAGGGGCACUUAGCACCUGAGCAGAAAAGCGUGGCUUACAACAGGACUGUUGACAUUUGGGCCUUUGGAGUUAUUGUGUCUAAAUUUUUAAAGCACAAAAAUUUUCACUACUUUUCGCAUGGGGGAUAUAAGGUGGACUUAAAACAUUUUGAGGUUCAGGACAAAUUCCUGAUAAACCUGCUGCUCUCCUGCAUCGACGAGAACCCUUUCAUGCGGCCUACCUUCGGAGAGAUUUCCCGGAUGAUUAUUAACGAAAUUGUGAGGAACGAGCUGGAGAGGUAUGGUCGGGCCACCCUUUUGAAGACAACUUGGGAGAAGUAG